ACGUUUGAAAAAUAAAACAGGAAACUCGAUGGAAACGAAAAGUUAGAGACGUUUACAAAGCGAAGGUUAGUCUGAGAUAAACAUUACAUGCUCUCUCAGUUAUAACCAGUAAUUUAACACCUUUGUUUGAGGACGGGGGCGCGUGUUUUCUGCUGGUUGUUGCGGUCAGUAUGUUUCUUUUGAUCCCUUUUGAGCACAGUAAGGUUGCAAAGUGGCAGUUCCGCAUAAAGGGCAUGACUACUUCAUCAAGUGACAGCUUUACUUUUUCUGUUUUAUACUGAACUUUACAUUAUAUAUAUCAUAUGUAUAUUUGUUUUAGUCCGUGAGGCAAUGUUUAAACCUUGUUGAGUCAUCCUUACAUUGAAAACCAGUGAUUUGGACGAGACUUUAUCGAGACUUUAUUAAAAAGUUACCAGACUUAAGAAUUGGUUUGUAAAUUAAAGGAAAGAGAUCGAGUUUUUAGGUACAAACAUGUUGAGCUAAUUUUUAUUUAUAGCUGCACUAUUUUUAUCGAAGUUUAUUUUAAAAGAUGUACAGUGUUGAACUGACUCUUAUAUUAAAGCUCCUAUAAGAAACUUUUCAGUGUUUAACUAGACUCAAACCGAUAGUAGUAGUAAUAGUAGUAGUAGUAAUAACAAUUAUAAUAAUAAUAAAAGUUUUAUUUAUAAUCGCUUUUACAGGUGUUAAAAAAAGUGAAAAGAAAAAAAGUUAAAAAAAAGAUACAAUAUGAGAAGACAAAAAGAACAGUUCACAGGUUAAAAGCCAGUUUAAAAAGGCGUGUUUUUAGGAUAGUGUGAUAGUGAUAGCCUUUUCAUUUCACACUCAAGUAAACAACACUAUCAGUCAAAGGACAAACAAGUUUAAUGUUGUGAUUUGAUAUUUAAUGUCUAAACUCCAAGUGUUAAUGUAAAAGCAGUAGUAGUUAAAAAGAAAAUACGCUUCUGCUUUUCAUGUUUCUCCAAAAUAAAAUACACGUUUAUCAAAACUCAACAAGAUGACCUUUUUUUGAGAGAUGACACUACAUGAGGACAGCACAAGAUAAACAAAGGCUGCUUUGUUUUGCUUGGAGGUCUGAGGUGUCAUUGGCUGCUUCAUAUCAACUGAACCAGAAAGUGUAAAGAAAGCAGAUACAGACAGAAAGAAAAAACCCCAAGUCAAACACUAAGACUUGUACUGAAACUAACAGUGGGAUAAUUUUGUCAUACAUCCAACCUAAUGCUGAAAACAGGCUGAAAGCUAUACUGUUUGCCAACUAAUCAUGUGAGACACAUUUCAUGGAAAAGUUGGAAUAGCUUCAACAUUAAUAUAUUUUCUGUCACUGUAAACUGAUCACAUUUUUGCUGAGAGCUGCAGCUUAAACAAAUUAUGAAAAAGACAACAUCAGCACGGGCUUCAGGUUGUUCUGAUAACUUUUAUCUAACUAUUUUGAGACACAAUUGAGACUAAAUCAAAGCUCUAUUAAGGAACGCUCUGUUUCUUUUACUUUUGGCACCCUCUCUUGACAAGGCAGCACCUCUUACAUCUAAUCUAAUUUGUCCUGCAUACCUGCAAAAAGAAAAAACAAACAAAACAGAGUAAUUUUGACAACAAAAUCAAUUUAUCAAUGAAAGAGAUGAUAGUUGCUCUGAGUUGUUGCUUUUUUAGCACCAACUGUGUUUAUGAGGUUUCUUCAGUCUUUCAGGAGUUCAGGAGCCUCUGGAUAGGUGCUGUUGUACAGCAUGUCUGUUGGAGCUCUGUUAUGCUUCUCUGUGAGGCUUGGAGAAGACUGUUGGGAGUUGAGAACAUUUCUACCCGAAGGGGGAAGUUAAAAAGUUUGUUGCGUGAAGAGAGUCCUGUACCUUCCUGUUCCUAGAGGUAGACACAUCAGCUAGGGAUUGUAGCUCUGGUGCAUGACUACGAAGUUGUUUACUGCUCUUUAGCCAGCCUUUUUAUUUUAGUUGAAGUGCUGUCAUAAUGAGCAUCAGUUGCAAAAUAAGGAUGUCUUUGGUGGUAGCAGGAUAUACUGUAGUUUUUGUUCUAAGCAUUUCAAGGUAGGGGAAAUGUUUUUGGCUUAAAAGCUGAGCACUUUCUUGUAUUGAGCUGCUGCUUCAAGAAAGGGAAACAUCACAGACUGUAGCUUGAAGAAACUGCACAUGCACACGUUUAUUUUUGUUUAUCUUAUCUUAAUUUAAUACAUUCAUUCAUUUUUUCCCACCCAAACCUUAAAUUCCUGUUUUUUUAUCACUCUGUAUAGAUGGCAUGCUAUGACAGUAAACAGGGGAGCUUGGAGGAUGAGAGCUGUGAAGGAGCUGUUGGUGAAGAGCUGUCCAACUGUGCUUUGGCAAUGUUAAGAAAGGAAAGUGAAUCCCUUCUCAGCCCUUCGGAAGGCCCUGGUACAUUAAUCAGCAGCAACUCAACUAGUUUGCAGGCUGAUGCUCCACUUCAGGGCUAUGAUGUAGAGUUUGACCCACCCUUGGAAAGCAAAUAUGAGUGUCCUAUCUGCCUGAUGGCAUUGAGGAAUGCCAUCCAAACACCAUGUGGACAUCGUUUCUGCAAGAGCUGCAUUGAGAAAUCCAUCCGGUAAGUUAUGGUGGAUCUCUGUCGAUAACAGUGAACCUGGGUUAUUAUGCAUCUGUAGCUUCAGUUUCAUGGCAUGUUCUUGCAAUGCAUGUUGUAAAUCAGUUUAACGGCCAUAAAAAACAAAUAUCAUACCUUUUCUUUGCAUAUAAUAUUAGAUAUCCAUAUAUAACUCAACUCAACUCAACUCAACUUUAUUUAUAUAGCACUUUACACACAACAGAGUUGAUCCAAAGUGCUUUACAACAACACUGAGGAAAAAACUAAACAAAAGAAGAGAUAUAAAGCCCUCUACAGAACCUGAUACUAGCUAAUCCGCUUAUAAGAUUACUCUUUCUCAUGCUUUACAGUGACACAGGACAGAGGUGUCCUGUUGACAAUGAAAUGCUGUCAGAAGAGCAACUGUUUCCUGAUAACUUUGCCAAGCGGGAGAUUCUUUCUUUGACUGUUCGCUGUCCAAACACUGGCUGUGAGGAGAAAAUGGAGCUCAGACAUUUAGAGGUGAGAAUUUUACACUUGAUGGAUGUUUCUUAACGUUGAUGAAAGGAACUAAAACAUGUUUAAAACAGGAGAAACUUUGGUUAAAAAUGUGUAUGUGUAUUUUCUUGGGGUUGCAUCAGUUUUGAUUAUUUUGAUAUGUGUGCCAAUAUGUUCAUUUUAUCCUAUCCUGCAAGUAACCCAAAUAUAUGCAGUUAUGACGGUUUGUUGACCCAUCACUACCCCUGACCAUCAACCUUCUAAAUAAGGAAGAAGUCUCAACAGAAAUAGAAAUGAAGAGUUAUGUGCAACGUGGAUAUUUGGUGCCUGAGUGCUCUGUGUUUGCACUCUGAAAAAAAAAAAAAAAACUUUCUCAUGUUGGCAGCUUUAGUCGGAAACUGACAUUACUGUGGACUCAUCCUUUUAACUGUGACUGAAACUAUGCCAGUGUAAACCAUAUUUUGAUUCAGAUGUAGUUCCUUCUUCUGCUAUCCAACCACAGGAUGAGAUUAACCAUAUUGUCACUAUGUUCCCCCAGAAUCACUUGGCGCAUUGUCAGUUUGCCACUGAGCCGUGCCCACAGUGCAAGCAGUCGGUGAGAAAGAGCCACCUAGAGGUGCACACAACUGUUGAGUGCCAAAGGAGAUCUGUGACCUGUCCAGAUUGUGUAGCAAGCUUUUAUUACGAGGAUACAGAGGUAAUCUUGACUCAUUUACGUAAUUGUGCCUCUUGCUUUUUCCAGAGUAGCUGUAACUGUGGGGAAAUUGUUGAGCUGCACUGUGUGUUUAAAAGAUGGUUGUUUUUUUUUGCUACUUCAGCUUCAUGAACAGCAGUGUCCCUUCGCCAACGUCAGAUGCCAGUACUGUGAAAUGGACUUGAUCAGAGACCAGGUGAGUGAGAUAAUGUGUGGAUAUCGAAAUGUUUUUGUGGCUUUUCUUCUCAACCAACUUCUGUCAAAAGUAACUUCCCUUUUUUUGUAAAAGGGGAACAGUAGCACACACACUGACAGCACACGUCACAGUCAAUUUAGGCAUUCACUGUCUAAAACCUUUUUGUCAUUUAACUCAUAAAGUUAAACUUUAUUAUUUUCUAUAUUCAUGAUUUACAGAGUGGAAUAUUUCUAGCCUCCAAAUGAAACUCUGAAAUACAGUAUACCUGAGUAGGAGAAUAUUUCCUUAAAGUGAUUUAGGAAAUGAAGUUUCCCACUUCUGUUGAAAAGUAUGUUUGUUCAUACACUACGUACUUGGUUUGGACGUUUUACCUAAGGGUUCAGGUCAGGCCAGUUGGCUGAUUGGUAAAGCUCUGUAAUAACACAGCCAGCAAACUACUUUGUAGUAGGCCUGGACGAUAUAGAAAAAAAGCAUAUCGAUAAAAAAUAAAUCAUAUUGAUCGAUAUCGAUAAUUAUCGAUAUAAUUAUUAUAAUUAUUUAACAUAUAUUUUAAUUGCAGCCCUGGAUGUUUUAUGCUAUUGCUUAAUGACCUACUUUUAAUAAAGAACACACAAGCACUGAAUUCAAAUUCAAACCUUUAUUCAACCACCUUUUUUAUUUUACAACUGAAAGUUUUUUAAAAAAGAACUAAAAAAAAAGAAAUCAACUUAAGUGGCCUGAGUGACGUCAGUAAAUACUGACAAACAUAAAGACUAAAGUGACCAGAAAAUCUGAUAAAUAAAUAUUUAAAUAGUCUUUUGAUGAAAAUAAACAAAACAAACAAAUAUAUAAAUAAACAGAAUAGCUUUAGGUGGGAAUAGCAUACUACCACUUCUAACUGUGUGGGAAACUGCCCACAGCCUGGUGUCUGAACACUGAAAUAUUUCUCCCGGGGUCGGGAGAUUUAUUUUUUUUAAUUAUCAUGUGAUUGACUUAAUACACAAACUAAGCAUGCGAAGCAGGACUUAUCCACGCCGGUGUUGUGUCGUAGAAUGCACCCCUGCCGAAUGCACCCCCUGCUAGCAGCCAUGAUCCAAAUACUCGCGUCUUUGUAAAAUAUGAGCUCAUUUUCUUCCACUCUAAGAAGCUAAUGAGUGGACGGGAUGCAGGGAUGCAUUCUACAGCACAACACCGGAACGUAUUUCCUCCGCACCCUUCUCACCUUAUCAACCCCUGACCCAUUUUCAUGCCUGAAGCGCUGUGUUUGAGAAAUACUUGCGGCCGGGCACUUCAUAUCGCGGGUCGAGAGUGGCUAGAAGCUGGUCGAAGCCAGGCUUUUCAACGGUAGUUAUUGGCAGUAUGUCCCUCGCUAUGGAGCAUGUUACUGCAUGGGUGAUGUCCUUAUGCCGCUCGGACGCUCUGUCGUAUUUUGGCAAGAAACGAAGUCCAGCUUGGUCUGCUUCCCAUGCUUUGUGCUGGUGCUGGCAGCGGUUCCAGAGGAUUCCUCCGACGACGUGGAGCCGCGGCGCGACCGACACAGCUCGUACUCCUGCGGGUGCGAUCGGUUUAGAUGGUAAAACAAGUUGGUUGUGUUACCAGACUUGGUUUUUACUAAUUCUCUGCAAAUUUUGCAAACGACCGCUGUUCGCUUCUUGUCAGACUUCUAAAAACCAAAACAUUGCCAUGCUGGAGAACUACUGAAACCUUUUUUCGGGACAAUGUCCUCCGCUUCUCCUUGCUGUAUCAUUUUUUCUAAUACACGUGCUGUCUGUUGUGGUUUGAUAGGGGCUGGGCUUGGUGCCGUAGCGUACCUGGGUCUGCGUUUGUGAUUGGUUGGGAGGAAGUAAUGACUGUAGUAAAAGCUACAUGAUAGGCUAUGAUGAAAAAGAAAGGGAAACUGUUUUCUAUCGAACUUUUUAUCGACCCGUUUUUUUUCUAUCGCACCACACGUCUAUCGAUCGAUAUAUAUUGUUAUCGAAUUAUCGUCCAGCACUACUUUGUAGUCACUUUUGCACUGUAGGCAGGUGCUAAGUCCUGCUGGAAAAGGGAAAGAGCUCUAAAGUGCUCUACAAUCUCUUGGUACUUGGUAAACCACAGUGGACUAACACCAGCAGAUGACAUGGCGGAAACUUCACACCAGACUUCAAACACCUUGGAUUCUGUCCCUCUCCACUUUUCCCCCUGAUUCUGGGAGAGUAGACUUGAAGAGCUUGAUUACCAAAUGAAAAAUUAAAUUCAUUUUCAUCUGAAAAGAGGAUUUGGACCUAGAAAAUCAAUCCAACUCUCUUGCAUGUUUCUAACUAAGGGUGAUAGAUCCUAGAUUAUUUUUUUCAAUUAGAUACAUGAGGUUUUUCAGAUAUAGGUGUAAAGUCCUGCACGGUUAAUCAGGGGAGUAAACACUGAAAGCUGAUGAUAUUUUGUGUUUCAGAUGGAAUCACACUGUGAUACAGAUUGUCCAAAAGCACCCAUCGCCUGUAACUUCAGCAUCUUUGGAUGUAAGGAAAGGGUAGGUAAUCACACACUACAUUCUCUGAAGUGACAGAUCUACACACUCUUUACAAAGUCAUCCUCCAAAAGUCAGCUUUGCAGUUUCACCACCACUCGUCCUGUCACCCCUGCAGAGCAGAUGUCACCGAGAAAACUCUUUUUCUUUUGCAGAUGCAGCGCCACAACCUGGCUCAGCACAUGCAGGAGUUCACUCAGAUGCACAUGCAUUUCAUGGCUGACUUCCUCCGUGGCCUGACCCUUAAUGGUACCUCGACUAAAUCCCUGCGGUUGUUAGGACCUUCAGUUUCCACUGAGGAUCAAGGAGCUGCAGCAUCAGUGCUGUCCUGCAGUGGUCCAAGAACAGCUGCAAGCUGCAGCAUCAACAGCGCCCAGAAUCAGCCCAGCGAGGAGAUGCAAAGGAUCAGGGACAUGGACGGACGACUAGUGAAGCAGGACCAUCAGCUACGUGAGCUCAUCAUCUUAAAAGAAACACAGGUGUGCUUCGUCUUUGAGCUUCAAAGUAUGAACUUCAAAGAGCCGUUGUGAAUCAAGUUUUUGUCUCUGUAAAGCAUCUUACCUGGCUUCACACCACUGUUAUAUCUUUGAUUUUUGUUGUGUAUCAGAGUAGAAAUGUAAUAUGAAGUGAGAGCAGAUCAGUGACCUGAAAUCACAUCUGUAGUUUUCUAACCAUUAAAAAAGAUUAAACACACAGCACUUUGUUGCUAUUAAAGACAAACCGAAGAAUAAUGCUCAGUGGGAUACCUCAGUUAUUUGUAGUUUUUACUUUUUUAUUAGACCCUGAAUAAAAAGAGAUUUGCUCUAAUGAAAAAAGUAUAGAUUUACGUGCACAACUACUCUUUUAUUAUAUCAUAAAGGCAGGUUUAUUUUCAAUCAAAUUAAAACAGUUUCACUUUCUUUUCCUUCUAUUUCAGUUAUUUUGGCUGUAACAUGUUUUAACCAGUUUUGGCUUGUAUAAUAGAUCUAAUAAUGGAUUCAGACGAUACAUGUACUCAAACUGAAGGCAUACCAGAGGUUUUGCCAUGGUCUUGUUUUUCUUUACUAUGUCUAACAGAUCCACAUCUGUCUACACAGCUCUACCGGCUCAUGUUUUCUCUGUGGUAAACUUGCUACUGUGGCCAGUUUUAAGUCUGUUUUCUGUUAUUUUACACUGGACUAUAGUGAUGUACUUGGCUCAUGUAACUGCCAAAAUACAAGCCCCCUGGCCUGCUGUUCCUGAAUGCAACAUGUUCAAAUAUAGACCAUCAAAGCUGCUAUUCUGCUAUCUUGCUGUUGAGGUUAGACCUGCUGAAAAGUUGUCCAGCUUUAAUGUCCUCUCUCUCCCACAGGCUGGCCAGCUUGCAGAGCUCAGACGCAGAGUGUCGAUGCUGGAAGAGACGGUGAAGGAGCUGGAGGCCCAACAGUGUCACGGUAUCUUCAUCUGGAAUCUCAAAGGUUUCUCUGCUCACCUGCGUAACCAAGAGGCCGGCAUGGCUGUGGUUGAGCACAGUCCCGGCUUCUACACAGGCCGACCGGGGUAUAAGCUGUGUCUACGCCUACACCUGCAAACCCCGACCACCCCACGCUGCUCCAACUACAUCUCACUCUUUGUCCACACCAUGCAAGGGGAUUAUGAUGGGCAGCUGUCCUGGCCAUUCCAGGGUACCAUCCGCCUCGCUAUUCUAGACCAGGGCCCUGAGGGUCUGCACCACACGGAGGUGAUGGAAACUAAACCAGACCUGCAAGCAUUCCAGAGGCCUACAAUUCAUCGCAACCCCAAAGGGUUCGGCUAUGUCACCUUCAUGCACCUGCAUCAGCUGAACCAGAGAGCCUAUGUUAAAGAUGAUACUCUACUCAUCCGCUGUGAGGUGACGCCACGAUUUGAAAACAUGGUUCACCGGGAAGGACCAGCAGUUCAGCCCAGAGGACCAGAGGCCUCAGUGUGAUGCAGACUUCUAUCUACUUUGUCGUGCUAGACCUGUGUGUUAAAUCUCAGUGUUUUGAAAUCUAAAUGGUCAUUUUCAAGUGAUGGAAAUCGAAGAAACUUCCCUCAUCACACCCACUUACUAGUUUUCCAGUUAUUUAUUUCUAUGCCAGCUUUUAAAUGUCAGUUAUAUGUAUUUCCUUUAAUAAAUCAGCACAUUACUUUAUUUCCUUUCCAUUUUGGGAUGAAUGUAAUCACCUUCGUGGGACUAACUCGCCUUACAUGUUCAAAUCGUGUAAACAAUCAUUUAAUCAGUUUUACAUGACAUGUUGUAGAUGUGAACCUGCUGCCUACAGACUAUUAAUCACUUCACAGGUUUGUGGUUGUUGUAGACAAACUCAGUGUUAAGUGUUUGACCACAAUGGAUAACAUUCACAUAUGCACACAGAAAUACAAAUUAUGAGGUACACGUGUUAAACUGAUAGUUGGUAGUAUGAUGCAGUAAAAUUUAAACUUAGCCUUAGGGAGUGAUGAGCUGUGCGGGAUGUUGUUUAUUGUAGCUUCCACAGUCGGAACUGUGAGUCAGGUGAUGAACAUGGAUCCAUAAAGACAUUUCCUCAUACCUAAUAAAAGUAUCAUGUCUGGAGUUCUCCUUUUAAUCACGUCUUUUAAUGACACUUCCAUACAGUCAUUUAAGCUGUCGUUGCAUGCAUCGCAUUAAAGAUAAUUGACUUUCUAAGCUAUUAUCUGCUGAUACUGGUACUAUGCCAAUAAUAUUCAUCAGGGUCACAAUAUUUCCACUGUAGUGGUUCAUUAUCGCUUAGAUAAGACGGCACCUUUUUCAGACUUUGUGUCAUGUUUCAUCACCACUGUAGACUUUUUCCUUGCAACAUUAAAGCUCUGUAAAUUUGUGAAUAAGAGGAUUAUUUUGCUUUCUGAUGUGAUCUUGUGAUUGGUUUCAGAAGACAGACCUGAAGCCUAAACAGUCUUAACUUUAAACCAUUCUCUGCCUGUAAAGCACAUGAUCCUGCAUUUUAAGUUGUUUCUCCGAGGCUACGACUGCAUUGCUGUAAUACCAUUUUAAGUCAUUGCUUCCUGUUAAAACCAUAUUUUCUCACUGUCAUUGUGGUUUCUGUUAUGUGAUGCAAUCUACUGACAAAGAAUAUACAUAAAUACCCAUUUGGGUGGAAUUACCCAGA